ACAAGAUCUACUGUCAGAACCUGUGUCUGCUGGCAAAGCUUUUCCUGGACCACAAAACCCUUUAUUACGACGUGGAGCCCUUCCUGUUCUAUGUCAUGACAGAGGCCGACAACACCGGCUGCCACCUGAUCGGCUAUUUCUCCAAGGAGAAGAAUUCCUUCCUCAACUACAACGUGUCCUGCAUCCUGACCAUGCCCCAGUACAUGAGACAGGGCUAUGGCAAAAUGCUCAUCGACUUCAGCUAUUUGCUGUCGAAGGUGGAGGAGAAGGUGGGCUCCCCCGAGCGUCCCCUGUCCGACCUGGGCCUCAUCAGCUACAGGAGCUACUGGAAGGAAGUUCUGCUGCGCUACCUGCACAACUUCCAGGGCAAGGAGAUCUCCAUCAAAGGUCAGGGCUUCUUCUGGGAGCCUCCCUGGCCCGCCUCACCCACCCCAAGAGUUUGUGGGAAUAUUCCUGUGGUUGGGCAGGGCUCCUUCCCACCCCUGCCACCAGCAAAGAUGGGUUUUUUGAAAUUUUUUGGAAGUUUUUUGGAAGGAUGAGUUGGCGGUUUUGUGGAAAAAACAAAACAAAACAAGAGUUUUGUAAAGAUUCAGCAAAAAGCUUCAUCCAGCUGUGUAUUAAAGUGUUGAUGUUAACAAGAAAUUACAGCUCCAGCAGCCAAUAUUGAGAAUAUUUGGCCUUCUUUUAAUGGCAUUUCUCUGCUGGUGGCACGUGGGAGGACGUGGAAUUUCCUGGGGAUGCAGGAAAUCAGGAUUGCAUCUUUUACAGAGGAUUUCCUACAGAUCCCAAAGCCCUGCGCUGCUGCCUGUGCCUGCCCCACGUUUCUGAGGGGCUGCCCCACAUUUCUGAGGGGCUGCCCCACAUUUCUGAGGGGCUGCCCCACGUUUCUGAGGGGUUGCCCCACGUUUCAGCGG